GAGUGUAAUAGUGAGUGUUGUUAUUGCAUUGGUUUUUAAAAAAAGAAUACAAGGCAAUUAAGGCAUUUCGGAUGCGUGUAAAUGCUAACCGGUAAAGUUAGCAGCGUUGUUUCCCAAACCCCUUGCUGCUACAUGUGCAACGCCGCCACCGAGAAACAGCAACAACAAAAACAAACAUAGAGGAAGACGCAUCGAGCACGUUGUCCUGCAACUGCCGUCAAACUGGAGCACCGUCAUGGACACCAUUUGUAGGCUGUGCUUCCAGACAGCAACGUUAUUCCAAGUGCCCGGGUAUAGCAUACCAACGUGCGUACGCUGCUCGGAACAGUUGACAAACAAUUCAAACUUUCAUCAGGCGGUACGUGUACAGGACGGCGCGGCUGCUGCUUCUGUGGCAGCCGCUGCGGUAGCUGCUGCUGCUGCGGCCUCAUCAGCAGCUUCUUCCAGUGACGGUGAUGCUGUGGCGGCACAGCUGACGAAUGGCAGCGCUGUCGCCGCUGUCCUACAGUUGCAACAACAGCAGCAGCAACAGCAGCAACAACAACAGCAACAACAACAACAGCAACAACAACAGCAGCAACAACAGCAGCAGCAGCAGCAGCAACAACAACAACAAUUGCAAUCAUCAAGUUCUUCCGAGAAUCUACAAUCGCAGGACGAUUCUGAAGAUGUGGAUCUGAUAUUCAACGAGGAGGGCUCCUGCCCGCUCUGCAAUAAGACGUUCUCACGCAAAUCCUCGCUCAUGACGCACAUACGAAAUCACUCGGCUGAGCGCAAAUUUGUGUGCAGCUACUGCCACAAAGGCUUUACGCAGGCAGCUAAUUUGCGCAACCACGAGCGCAUCCACACAAAUGAUCGGCCGUAUCAGUGCGUUGACUGCGGCAAGACAUUUACCCAAAUCACAAAUCUGAACAAUCAUCGACGUCUUCAUACCGGCGAGCGUCCCUUUGUCUGCAAUGAGCCCGAAUGUGGACGCAGUUUUGCACAGGUGACCAAUCUGAACAAUCACAUGAAGUCACACCACAAGGUGCAGCAGUAUUGCUGCAACGUUUGCAGCAAGAAGUUCACACAGGUCACCUCCCUGAAUCAGCAUCUGCAGGCGCAUGCCGGCGUCACCGGCUACUAUUGCCCUCGAUGUCCGGAGAAGAACUUUAAGCUGCAAUCGCAGCUGCAUACGCACAUGAAGACACAUGGAUUGGCCUUUCCGUACGAGUGCAGCAAGUGCGAUGAGAAAUUUCUACAGCAAUCGCACCUCGAUCAGCAUCUCAAGAUGCACGACGAGUUCAAAUUCAAAUGCGACAUCUGCCCCAGCAGCUUCAAUCAGGAGUCGCUGCUCAAGAAGCAUGUGCAACGCCAUGUCGAGGGUCGCUAUCUCAACUGCCCGGUGGCUAAUUGUGCCGAAUCGUUUGCCGUGCGACAACAUCUCUCCAAACAUUUGCUCACCAAUCACUCACACCACGAGCUGCCGCCGCCGAAGCGCUCCAAAAAGACCAUCACACUGCAAUCGCCGCAACAGCCGCUGGCCAUGAUCGGCCAGCCCCUCUCCCUGCAGCAUACGAGGCAGCGUCGUGGCAGACCGCCGAAGAACAAGAACAAAACCUCACUGGCAGCCACGGCCAUCAAGAUCGAGAUCAACGAGCCGUUACACAGUCAGCACAUCAUCAGCAGUGCCAGCGGACUAUCCAUCCAGCAGCAGAUCAAUCAGCAUAUGCAGCAGCAGGCACAGCAGCAACAGCAGCAGCAACAACAACAGCAGCAACAUCUCCAUUUGCCCAUGGGCCAAGCGGUUAAGGCGCGCUUCAUACCCACUAAAUAGAAAUUAAUGAAACCAACAAAGAAACAGAGAUAGAUAGAUAUAUAUAUAUAGAGAGAAAGAGAGAGAGAGCGAGUGAGAGAGCUGCUCAGUAGCGUUUACGAUCGGUCUGUCGUGAAGUUCACCACCCCCCCCCC